CUCCUGGCCCUACAGGAAGACCAGGGCUUCCGGGAGACAAAGGCGCCAUGGGAAUCCCUGGAAGACCGGGACUAAAGGGGCAACCCGGAGAGAAGGGAACCCCCGGAGAAGCAGGCAUGUCCAUCAUCGGUCCCCGAGGCCCUCCUGGACAGCCUGGAACGAGAGGUUUUCCUGGAUUUCCGGGCCCGAUUGGUUUGGAUGGCAAACCAGGCCAUCCUGGACAGAAGGGGGAGAUGGGUGUUGCUGGUCCCAAGGGACAGCCGGGACCUCCAGGACAAAAAGGAGAAAAGGGCCAGUGUGGAGACUACCCACACAGGCUGUUGCCUCUCCUCAAUUCAGUGCGGCUGGCUCCACCCCCGGUCAUAAAGAGACGCACUUUCCAGGGUGAACAAGGACAGGCGGGGAUUCAAGGUCCGCCAGGGCCACCUGGUCCACCAGGGCCAACUGGACCAUCUGGACCAGCAGGAAAUCCAGGACAACCUGGCCCAGUUGGGCCACCUGGCAAAGUAGGGGAGCCUGGAAAGGCAGGCAAGGAUGGAAAGGGUUUACCUGGAUCCCCUGGACCAAAGGGAGACCCUGGAAUUCAAGGAUACCAUGGGAGGAAGGGUGAGGUGGGUGAGGCUGGCCUACCAGGUGCACCUGGCCUUCCUGGAUCUAUUGGCCCCAAGGGUGAAAAGGGGGAUACUGGCAUGAAGGGGGAGAGGGGCAUGCCAGGGCUGCCAGGAAAACAUGGAGCUAAGGGGGCUCCUGGAAUGGCUGUUGCAGGGAUGAAGGGAGAACCUGGAGUUGCAGGGAUGAUGGGCCCCCCAGGUUUGCCAGGGAAAAGGGGACAGAGGGGGGAGAAGGGAAGAGCUGGUGAUCCCGGACUUCCUGGAUUCCUAGGACAGAAGGGAGAGAAGGGAGAUGCUGGCAAUGCACUCGGGGGAGGUAAAGGGGAACCCGGACACCCGGGACUACCUGGGCCUCCAGGACCAAAGGGGAAAGCUGGUGACAUUGGCCAGACUGGCAUUGCAGGACCGCAGGGGGAAAAGGGAGAACCUGGAGCACCCGGAGAACAGGGGCCUGUUGGUCCAAGGGGUCCCAAAGGGGAGCCAGGAAAGGAUGAAAUGGUGGAUUAUGAUGGUAACAUCAACGAAGCUCUACAGGAAAUACGAACCUUGGCCCUGAUGGGACCUCCUGGACUUCCAGGAGUAGCUGGGCCCCCAGGGCUACCAGGCCAGAAGGGUGAAAUUGGAUUACCGGGUCCUCCUGGACACGAUGGCGAGAAGGGGCCACGAGGUAAAUCAGGAGAGGUGGGUCCUCCUGGUCCCCAAGGGCCCCCAGGAAAGGAGGGACCUCCAGGAGUGAAGGGAGAGACUGGACUUACCGGGACCCCAGGAUCAAAGGGGGAAAAGGGGGAGGCAGGAGAAGCUGGCUCUCCGGGUCUUGAUGGCCCAACUGGGGAGAAAGGAGAACAAGGUGACCAAGGGAUACCAGGACCUUCAGGAUUACCGGGUCUAAUUGGACUUCCAGGAUUGACAGGAGAGAAAGGAGAACCUGGUGAGGAUGGGGAAAAAGGAGAUCCAGGAGACUCAGUAUCAGGGCCACCCGGGCCCCAAGGCCCACCAGGUGUUGCAGGUCUUCAAGGCCUUCCAGGACCGAAGGGGGAAGCAGGGAUUGAUGGAAUGAAAGGAGAGAAGGGUGUCCAGGGUGAGAAAGGAGACCGAGGUCCACUGGGAUUGCCCGGUGCUUCAGGUUUAGACGGCAGGCCUGGACCACCGGGUACUCCAGGACCAAUUGGAGCUCCAGGACCAGCAGGACCAAAAGGGGAAAGGGGCAGUAAAGGUGACCCUGGAAAUGCAGGACCAAUGGGGCUAGCUGGGCUUCCUGGUUUACAAGGCCCAUCUGGUGACAAAGGAAACCGGGGGGAGAGGGGCAAGAAAGGCUCUAGAGGGCCUAAAGGGGAUAAGGGAGACCAAGGAGCGCCUGGAUUAGAUGCACCCUGUCCAUUGGGGGAAGAUGGCUUGCCAGUUCAGGGCUGCUGGAAUAAGUGAUGGUUCUAACCAUGGACUGGCCUGUGUGUGUUUUGUACAUAGAAUAUUUAUUUUUAUACAAUGUUCUUUUCUGAAAUGCCAAGAAGUUAUACAUUUUACAAAUUAUCAAAAGCUACAUAUAUUUUGUACAGAAAAUACUAAAUUGCCCUUUUUCUGUUUGUCAAUCCUUUAUAUAAUUCUGUGUCUAUAUUAUGCUUAUAUUGUUGUGGAGUCCAGCUGUAAUAUUUGCAUGAUAUUUGUGCACACUUGAUAAGUAUUGGAACUUAAUAAAUUAUUGCAUUCAGGUGCCAAAAGGAACUGCCCUAUAUAGAUCUGAAGGUCAUUUCCCUUGCUAAAUUGGGAGAAUUAAAGAAUAUUUGAAGUGUUAUGGAUUUUAUUAUUAAAAUGAAAUAUGACAAUGUUACCUUUUUGUGAAUAAACUAUGGUGUUGCUGGGGAAAGCCUGG